CGAAACUAACCUCGAAAAAAUUAUCGGCUGAGAAUUUUCGCGUAUAUUUAUGGCCGGAUAUUUUCGAAUUGUACCUUAAGUGUCUGAAAAUUAACUGUUUCCCGUUCGUAACUUUUGGCAUGAAGUGUUAAAACAUAAAAUGACGCUCCAACGAUAUUUCUUUCACAUUUCAAAGCAAUACACGAAACGCAGUCUGCAAUCAAACCUCAAACAGUGCUACUGUGAACCACGUCGCAAAUACAGCAAUGGCCCAAGGAAGUACACAGACAGGCAUGAAUGGGUCAUUGUGCAUCAGGGUACAGGAACUGUUGGCAUAAGUAAAUACGCCCAAGAAUCACUUGGUGACGUCGUCUUCGCACAGCUACCAGAUCCUGGAACGAAACUCAAAGCUGGCGACGAAUGUGGUGCCCUAGAAAGUGUCAAAGCCGCAAGUGAGAUCUACUCCCCUCUAAGUGGUACAGUUACUGCGAAAAAUGUGGAUGUGGAAUCUAAACCAGCACUAAUUAAUACUUCCUGUUACGAUCAAGGGUGGUUGUUCAAAUUAAAAUUGUCAGAUCUUGAAGAAUUAGACAAACUAAUGACUGAACAAGAAUAUGAAACGUUUUUGAAGUCAGAUGAAAAAGAGCAUGUAUAAUUUUUUUUAAUGAUAAUUUAUAACUAGUUAAUUUGUUUUAGAGAAAUAAAUUGUUACAGAAGAUAAAUAAACAGUUAAAAGAGAUACAAUCGAAUUCAUUAUACAGUUAUUUCAAUAUUCAACAUAAAUAUUUAUAAAUUUUGAAUCAUCUUCUUUUAAAUGCUAUUGGCUCCAUCGAAAUAAACGAUUAUUUUGCAAAUGUCAAGUAGAAAUGACUGUGUGCGGUACUUCAACUUUAUAAUGUUACAACCCCAUUGCUACCAUAUCGGUAAACCCGCCAAUGCCAAGUUGAGGAACGCACGCGUUUUUAAAUCGAAGAUUAAUUGAUUGAAUUAUGAAGAAAAUCACUGAGGAGAGAAUCUACAACAACUGAGUACACAGACUAAUCAGAUAACUUGGGUUUUCCCAGCCCGCCAUUAUUUGAAAAAUCUGACCAUAGACACAGAAUAUUUCCGUAUAUUACAACCAUAGACAAACUAGAAAUAAUUACUCAUCAGCCUGAUUGUCCAUUGUUCGAGAUGGGUCUCUCUCUUCAUAUUUUUCAGACUUCUACUCUGAACUGUUUUUGUUUGCGUGCCUUAUUCUAGUUGGUUAAUAACUAACAACUGAAACCGACUAAACCACGACCUUUUUUAUUGUAAUCAGAUCAAAGCUAGGUGUUGUGGUUCUCAAAAUUGAGAAAUGGUGCCGCUGGAAUAAGCUUAUUUCAGCAUGGAACUUUUGAACGGCGGACCGACUAAAUCUAGUUUUUUGCGACUAGACCCGACUAAAUAGGGACUUUUUCAGGUUACUCAAAUUUCAAAAACUCGACCAUGGUCGCACUGGAAUAAAGCACGAAUUUUUUUCCGUCCUUUCACUAUGUAUGGUACAUUAUAAUUAUGUAUUAAUAAACUGUACAUCCAUGACGCAGCCCUACUUAGUCCCAAAUUUGCUGUAUAACUAACAAAACUCGAAAAUCAACAUAAAUCACCCUUCAGCACCCGUUGAACAAAAUGCAUUUUUAAAUAGAGCGUCUCGCUCAUUUAACUCCUUAGUUAAAAAAUAUGGUGAGGUAAACCUGUUCAACGCCAAUACAAGUAAACUAAAGCGCUUAUUCAGUGACGUUUUUCUCUUAUAUGUAGCUACUAUAACUGUUUGACGUAUUUAAUUUCGUUAUUUAUAUUUAUUAUGUUUGUUUUCUUACGUCUCCACCUUUUUUAUUAUAGUUUGUUUCUAUCACUGUAAAAAUCUCUGGAAACUUUUAAUUAGCCCUCAGCGUACAACGCAAUGGUCUAUCAGGCGUGUAUUAUACUUGCUAUUCUAUUCUUGUUACCUAGCUGUAAGUUUUCCAAAAAUAAUGAAAAUAAAAUAUAUUAUGUUGUCCUAGAUCCUGUCUUCUCUAUUUGUCUUAAAACUGAAAUAAAACUCUGUAUAUGUGCGUGAACAUUUAUUAGUGCAUUUAAACUUAAUACAGUUUGUUUAUGAACAUAAUCACCUCAUAACUUUGGCAUAAUGUUUGAACUUAUCACUAUAGUAAUUCUAACCCUCUGAUAUCACAUUUCACUUUCUAAGGUGCAGGAAUGCCAGCUUCAUUGUUUAAUAUGCAUACGAACACAUUCCUUUAUACCUAAAGCAAAAACUAUAAUGGCCUGGAUAUGUGAAUACAAUUGUACUACGACACUGUUUCA